AUGGGCGCGCGCGGCGCACCUCGAGGCACGGCGCGUGAGGUGUGGUGGCCUGGAGUCCUUUUCCCCAUUACCCUCCCAGGCACGGUGGUUCGACAGUUUGUUCAGUAUGACACGUCACCCCUUAGCCACGGUGCUUCCCAGACAGUAGGAGCGAAGCUGGAGAGCGCGCUGACAGAGAAGCUCGACGCCCAGAUGGCCAAGGCCACGAAGCUGGCGGCCGAGCUCGCCACCGUGAGGGAGCGCGAGGCGAGGCUGGCCGGCGACCUGUGCAGGACCCACGAGCAGGAGAAGGCGCUGAUCGAGCGCCUCGAGUCCGUUGGCCGGGAGCUGGCGGGGAUUGCUGGCCACGAGCUCGCCGGGGAUUUCGCUUCGAGGGCGCCACAGGGCGUCAUCCGCGAGAUGGCCGAGCUGGUGCGCUGCGAGGGCCCUCGAUCACUCUUCAAGGGCUACGUCGCAAAGGUGGCGCGCCUGGGGCCAGGCAGCGCGCUGAUCUUUGCGGUGUACGAGCAGAUGCUACAAGUGAUCUGA